UAGGCAAACCAAGUCGGCAGAAUCGAAAUGGAGGAUAAGGAUGGAAGUAACUUUGUGGAAGUUGCAGUAAUCGGGGCAGGAUUAAGUGGUUUGUUCGCUGCCCGGGUUCUUCACGAGGAGUAUGGUGUCGAGGUUGUUGUUCUCGAAGCAAGAGACCGCGUUGGCGGGCGCACUUUUACUAUAGCGGACCCCGGUUUUGGUUAUUGUGAUUUGGGUGGAGCCUAUGUAUGUGAAACUCAGACCAGACUGCUGAGACUUGCCCAGGAACUAGGAAUAGAGACAUAUCAAAUUUACAGUCAGGGACAAUCUGUGGAACAUUACUUGGGCAAAAGAAUUACCAAGCAAGGAGCCCUUCCUUCCAUGGGGUCCAUAUUAGGUGCCUUAGAUGUUAACAACUUCUGGCAGCUCCUGGACAAAAUGGCCAAACAGGUUCCUUUAGAGGACCCUUGGAAUGCUCCUUGUGCUUUAGAAUGGGAUAAGAUGACAGUCAAGCAGUUGAUUGAUCAAAAGUGUUGGACAAGGUAUGCAAAGGCUGCAGCCACUGCAUAUGUGCAAGGAAUUCUCACUUCAGAGCCACAUGAUAUCUCUCUGUUGUUUUUCCUGUGGUAUCUGCAUUCUGGAGGAGGGACAAAGCGAAACAUUGAAUUUGAAGCAGGAGGGGGCCAGGAAAUGAAAUUUUGUGGAGGUUCUCAGACUAUAAGUGUGAAAAUGGCUGAACAUCUUGGUGAUAGAGUAAAACUAAACAGCUGUGUGGUGCAUCUUGAAGAGUGUGGUGAUUAUAUUAAAGUGAAAUGUGCAGAUGGAACAGAAUAUAAG